AUGCCUACAGAAAGAAACCUGAGGAUCGGAAACUGCAGCGGAGCAACUGGAGAUGCACCGCACGCCAUGGCUCGCAUGGUACGGGAGGCCGACGUCGAUGUCAUUACUGGUGACUGGCUGUCUGAGAUGAACAUAGCCUGGGAGUCGAUCAAAAAGGCUGAAGAUCCACAUCUUGGAUACGAUGUGGGCUUUCUCAGGCAACUCACCGAAUGCAUCGAUGAUAUUGCGGAGAGGAAGACCAAAAUUAUCACUAACGCUGGAGCAAUGAAUGCCCCUGUUUUGUCGCGUAAGGUCCAGGAGCUCUGCCAAAGCCGCGGCCAUGAUAUAGUAGUAGCAACAAUACUUGGAGACGACGUGAGUCAUCUACUGAAGCGAAGCAAGUCGGGGGAGCAGAUCCUUGACUUCCCUCACUUGGACCAUGAGGAACAGUUUCUGGAGAACUGGGAUCCUGAGCUCAAGCCCACAUGUGCUGCGGCAUAUAUAGGUGCUUGGGGUAUUGUUGCAGCGCUCAAAGAGGGUGCCGACAUCAUCAUUUGUGGUCGUGUCACAGAUGCCUCACCAGUUAUUGGUGCUGCUGCUUGGUGGUAUGGCUGGUCUGAGCAAGCCUAUGAUCAGCUCGCCGGAGCACUGAUAGCAGGCCAUCUCAUUGAAUGCGGACCUUACGCCACAGGCGCAAACUUCUCUGGUUUCAAGCAAUUUCUUCCAGAUCUCGUGGACUUGGCCUUCCCAGUAGCAGAGAUCACGCCGUCCGGGUCCUGCUACAUCACCAAGCCAGACUCUAUGAAUGGAGUGAUCAAUCGAUUCAAUAUCACGUCUCAGCUAUUGUAUGAGCUACAGGGACAAAUGUAUCUCAACCCGGAUGUAGUGGCAGAUGUCGCCAGUAUCCGAAUAGAGAACACAAGCCGCGAAAAUCAUGUCCUAGUAUCUGGUUGCAAAGGUUAUCCACCACCUCCAACUACAAAAGUCAUGGUUGCAGCACCAGGAGGCUGGCAAGCAGAGACAACAUACUACAUCAAUGGUCUUGACGUACAAGCAAAAGCACAGAUGAUGAAACAGCAACUGCAAAAUAUUUUCAGUGGUAGCCAGUUUUCAAAAUUCUCCGCUGAACUGUAUGGCACUCAAGUGGAGAACCCGUCUUCGCAACAAGCAGGCACCGUGAUGUUGCGAGUGUUUGCCCAAGCACGCAAUAAGGAAGACAUCGCGGCCGAGAAAUUCAAGAUACCGCUGUAUUCGUUACGCAUGCAGAGUUAUCCCGGCUACCACAUGAAUCUCGACUUCCGCACUAUGGACCCGAAGCAGUUCUACGAAAUCUUCCCAGCAACAAUCCCACAAGCUGCCAUCAACCAUGAAGCUGUGGUAGCCGGAAAGAGAAUUUCGAUUGCUCCACCAGGGCAAACACAGCAUUAUCCUGUCCAAAGGCCUUCGUCAGAGACAGAAAGUCCUGUUGAUCUCGCCACUUUUGGACCUACUGAGCGUAGGCCGCUCGGCAGCAUCGUACAUGCGCGCUCAGGCGACAAAGCAAACAAUUCGAACGUUGGCUUCUUCGUCCGCCAUGCCGAUGAAUAUCCAUGGCUACAGUCUUUACUCACAGUCGACAAGUUUAAAGGAUUGCUGCAGGAAGACUAUGCGGGAAACAGGAUUGAGAGAUGCGAAUUUCCUAACAUCCUUGCUGUGCAUUUCCGCAUUAUGGAUUUCCUGGAUGGUGGCAUCGCAUCUAGUGCUCGUAUAGAUGGAUUGGGUAAAGGUGUGGGCGAGUAUUUGCGUAGCAAGUAUGUGGAUGUCCCAAUCAUGUUUCUGCAGAAAGGCGCGAUCUGA